CCGUCACUCUAAAACAGGAACUCUGCCACUCACGUCGCGGAGACAUUGGCCACUUCCUCUCCCAGAAUCGCAUGGUUCCGGUGCGGCGGCGCGGCGCCUUCUUCCUGUUGUCGCGCUAUCGGCGGCGCCGACGCGUGCCCGUGUGCACGGCGCUGUGUCUCGUGUGUGUUUUGCUUCUCUGGGGGGACUGCCAGGCCGCGGGGGACCUCGUGGGGCGGCUGUACGAUUUGGAGACUUCAGGCAGUUCCGCGACCAAGCUCUCGCUCAGUUCCAGCGCGCUACCGAGCGCUGUAGCCGCCAGAUUAUCCAGCUACUCCCUCACAUGGAGCGAACUGUCAGGACUCAUGCAGCGCGCACUACUGUGGGACUCAGGCUUCGUGUUCGCGUCGCCUGUAAGCUCGUCCUCGUCCUCGAACGAAGCGGACGACGUCAAACUCGUACAGAUCUACACUUCAUGCAGCCAAGGAAUGGGGGAUUUAUUACCAGGCUUGGCAGAGGUUAGAACGCUCCAAUCUACAGGAAACAGCAGCAACUGCGACGUACAGGACUGCGGAAUUAUAGGUCAUUUCUUGCCGACGAACUGCCCCGUGGAGAGCGUGAUCCCGCUCACCAGGUGCGCAGUGCACGCGUCAGAUAUGGACGGACAGAAUCAGUUUACAGGGGUCUUCUGGGCCGAGGAUGGACGCAGCAACACUGUACCUGAGCCAGUGUUAAGACGACACACUCCAGUAGACACAGAGCCCAGUGAAGCGCUCUUCGCUGUGCACUUAUCAGAGACCAGUUUUACAGGAACAGAGUCGUGUCAGCCACACACAAACUUCAUUCUGCCAUGUCGAGGCGUAGCAGAAGAUGUGGUCAUCACCAGCAGCAGCGGGAGUGUCAGCUUUACAGCAAAUGGUAGCGGCUUUACCGAGGUGGAUCUGUGUCCAGCGUCACAUGGAGCAGCUAUGAACGCGUGGCUGGAGCUACGGUCCACCCCGUCACCCGGGACCUUCUCAACUACAGCCAUUGUACUGCUGUCUGUGGCGAUGUUGGUUUGUAUCGGACUAGGGGCCUCCGUGUGGUGGCUCAGUCGCUCUCGUGCUUGGCUACAGGACGCAUACGACCGAGUGAUACUGGAGGGAUCUUAUGAUGACGGCUGCUGGUCUCCCACCUCGCAUCUUCUCGGAGGACCACUGGCUCCAUCGCUGGCUGUGGCUGGAGCGACAGAUGAGGAGCGACUCACUCCUAUGGAGGUUUUCUUCGGAGCUCGACCACGCAGUCGACGCUCGCCAGGCAUUCACGGUACUUCAGCACUUGUCGCCACGACGCGCGCCGAGAUCACGCUAUCCAACGACCAGCUGUGUCGAAAGAGCUCUAUCCUGCGCGCCUUUGUGUCGGACCCGGCCAUUGUGACCAAACGUAUUUCUUUCGCACAGCUACAUUUCUUAAGACUGCUGGCUAAAGGAGGCAGCGGUGAGGUCUGGUUGGGACAGUAUGAGGCUCGGUAUGUGGCGAUGAAGUGCUUGUUGCCUGCGAAACGUGAAGAUCCCGAGGCCUUGGAGCAAUUUGCAGAGGAGAUUAGGAUGGCCUCGUUAUUAGCACAUCCGCGUAUCGUGGCUUUCUGUGGUGUGGCAUGGCAAUCGCUUCUGCAUCUCUGUGCUGUGACAGAGUAUAUGGCACGUGGUGAUCUUGAGAGUCUAUUGGCCAACCCGGUUGCCCAAAAGGAGCUGAGCUGGAGCAGAGAGAAGCUCACGUUGAGCAGUGAUAUCGUUGAAGCGCUCGUGUACUUACACUCGCUGGUUCCUGUCGUGAUUCAUCGUGACUUGAAGUCUAAGAAUGUGUUGCUGGAUCGACGAUUACGCGCCAAGUUGAGUGAUUUCGGACUGAGUCGUGAACGAUCCGUGGAGGACACGAUGACGAACGGUAUCGGGACUAUUUUGUGGAGUGCACCGGAAGUCUUGGAAGGCAAGCGCUACGACGAGAAGAGCGAUCUUUUCUCGUUUGGUGUGGUAUUGUCGGAGAUUGAUACAUGUGCUCUACCUUACGGGUUUAGUCGCCACGCCAAAAUGCGCAGUAUGCAGAUCGUCCAUCUUGUGUCCGAAGGCAAAUUGUUGCCCAACUUCCGUGACGAUUGUCCACCAGCAAUUCGCGAUUUAGCACAGCGGUGUUUGAGCUUGGACCCGGCAGCUCGUCCAACGGCAAUGGAGGUCGCCUUCGAGCUUCGCUCUACCAUUGCACCACAACUCCUGCAACAACCAAUGGCCACGGUGGUCGAUGUCGAUGGCAGCAUUAUAUCAUCAGCGUCGUCUAUCAGUGUGGCAAACAUUGAAGAUAGUGUCGCACCACCUCCAACGCCUAGAAGUAUCGACGAAGACGCAACUUUAACAAAGCCAUAGCGCGAGUCUUAACAACUCGCAUAGGAAACCUAUUAAUUUAUGAGAACAAAACAAACCUUGUAAAAAAAAAGUGAGCAUUUCCAUCAAUAGCUGGGGAAACGGAA